AUGUUUCGGUUGAUCCCCCGUUCAAGGACAUUACUAUCUUUACCCAAAAGAUGCGUGGCCAUCAGUCAACCCGGUUUCUCGCAUAUUCCGGCGAUGCUUUCGACUCCUUUACACUCCAAUUUCACCAGUAAACAUUAUUCUACCGUAUCCACAUUUGGAGGAACAGCAGAGCCUCCAAAACAGUUGACUAUCAAAGAAGUAGGUCAUUAUUUCAUUGUUAUCUCUUUAGGCGUUUAUAAAUCUUGAAAGCGUGGGAAUCUCUUGUAGAUUAGUUCUUUUAUUAACCAGGUCUUUGCUCCAGAAGUUUGAACGUGACCAUUUUCUUUAUGAUGCAUCGAUUUUUGCAGGUAGAAGAGAAAGUGAUCAAGGCCAUCAAAGCUUGGGACAGAUUUCCUCAAGACCGUGUUGACAAACUUACACUAGAAGCUCGUUUUGUUGAAGAUCUUGGAUUUGACUCGCUUGAUCUGGUGGAGAUUACAAUGGCACUGGAAGAUGAAUUUGGAUUUGAAAUCCCCGAAGGUGAUGUGGACAAACUGAAGACUCCCCGGGACAUUCAGAAGUACGUGUGCGAACACGAGGACAUCUUUGAGUGA